UUCGUCUCAUUCUCUCUCUAGUCUAUAUCCUCUCAGCGAGUCUCAUAUGAGUCGGGAAAAUAACAUAACGUCUUCAAACGUCAAAUCACAUUCUCUCUCACUCCUCGUUUUAGUCUUUUACUAAUAAGGUAGUUUCUAGUUUUUCCUUUUGAACUCAAUUCCUUCUUAAUCCAUAACCCUGGUUUGAAUCUCUCUGUAGCUCGCUUUGAAGUGUGGAUCCUAUAUAAGUUCUUACGGCUCUGAAAUCUCUGCAACUCACUGAAAUCGAAGGAGAAAGGGCUGGAAAAGCAAACAGGAUAAGAAGGAGGAAGAUGAGUGGUAUUUGGACUGCAAGAGUUGCAAUGGAGAAGAUCUUCGAGAGGCGUUCGUUCAGUGGUUAGAACUUUAUUUGAUUUCCAUUUUCUCUGAAUGAGCCGAGGAGAAAUCGCUAAUCUGGAGAGGAAAUCGAAAUGUAUAAGGUGAGAGGAAAGGUUCCGUAGAGGCUUAUUUUCAUUCAUAGUGUUGAAGAAGACUGACGGCUUAGUAUUGAAAAAAGUGAUGGAAGUUAAUCAGUGAAGUAGGCGAUUCAAGAUUGUUUGGUUGAGAGAUUUCCAGUUUUGAGUUGCUGUUUACAGUUCGUAGUGAGUAAAAAUUGGGUAAACAGACUUGUUUCGCUUCAGGGAAGACAAUUUCGGUGCUGAUCGAAAAUGAAGUGGAGUUGUGUAAGAUCUGAGGUUAAAGCAUCUAAAGCGGGGAAGUUUGAUAAGGAUUUGUAAGGAAUAACUGUAAGGCUUUUUUUUUUACAAGAAAACACUCUGAGUUUGAUUAAUUCAUCUGCUUCCAAACGAUUUCUGGUUUGGAUUCUCACUGGCUCAAGUCAUGGAGUCUCGGAUGGAUCAGUAUGAGAUCAUGGAGCAGAUCGGUCGAGGAGCUUUUGGAGCGGCAAUCCUUGUCAAUCACAAAUUGGAGAAGAAGAAGUAUGUUUUGAAGAAAAUCCGUCUAGCUAGACAGACCGAUCGUUGCAGGAGAUCUGCUCAUCAAGAGAUGGCUCUCAUUGCACGAAUCCAGCACACUUACAUUGUCGAGUUCAAGGAAGCAUGGGUAGAAAAGGGCUGUUAUGUUUGCAUCGUCACUGGAUACUGUGAAGGCGGAGACAUGGCUGAGUUGAUGAAAAGAUCAAAUGGGGCAUUGUUUCCAGAGGAGAAACUCUGCAAGUGGUUCACACAAUUGCUAUUGGCGGUCGAAUAUUUGCAUUCAAAAUAUGUUCUUCAUAGAGAUCUGAAGUGUUCCAACAUCUUUCUCACUAAGGACCAGGAUGUCCGCCUUGGGGAUUUUGGACUUGCUAAAACUUUAAAGGCAGAUGAUUUGGCUUCCUCUGUUGUUGGAACUCCUAAUUACAUGUGUCCAGAACUUCUUGCUGAUAUCCCUUAUGGCUUCAAAUCUGAUAUCUGGUCUCUGGGGUGCUGUAUAUAUGAGAUGGCGGCACGUCGCCCUGCCUUUAAAGCAUUUGAUAUGGCAGGACUGAUAAGUAAGAUAAACCAUUCCUCCAUCGGCCCCUUGCCUGCAUGCUAUUCCCCUACGUUGAAAUCAAUUAUCAAGAGCAUGCUGAGAAAAAACCCAGAGCAUCGGCCAAAUGCAUCCGAGAUCAUAAAGCAUCCAUAUUUGCAGCCAUAUGUUGAUCAAUACCGUAUAUCUUCUACUCUGCCUAGUGCCUGUUCCCCAGAGAAGCCAAUCUCCACUGCACAUCAUGCUCAAAAGAGCAUGGCUGAAAGCCAAAGCAGCAACACUUCUAGCAGUGAUAAAGGUAGCCUAAUUUCAGGUGAGAAAAACAUGAUGGAAUUGAUGGUCAACUGCAAUCAUAAGGCCGCUGCUGUCACAGAUAUGGCUUCAACUGAUGAUGGAAUGGACUAUGAUGAACCAAUUUUAGGCAAUGAACAUGGCAAUCACAGAUCCACUGUCAAAGCAGAUGAGGAGGUGAUGAAACCAUCGCAUGAUGCACAGAGACCUAAAGUUGAAUCAAAGCAACCAAAAAGUAUCAAGAAUAUACCAAUGUCUCUGAAAGAAGAGGGAAAACUUAGAGAGAACAGUUCCCCAAUGAGAGGCAACCGUUUAAAGGCUGGAGGUGUAUUGAGCCAAAAAGCUAAUAUAGAAGCAUCACCAAAAGUUGUGAAAUCCAGUGCUGUUCCUUCUGGUUUCAAGCCUAAUGCAGAGACACCAGCUACUGGGGCAGCAAACGGGAGCAGUGAUUCUGCGAAACGAAUCCCUGGGUCAAAUCCUUUGAAGCAUCAAUUACCAACUUUUGAACCUGCACCAAAGACAAAAGCCAAAUAUGAUGGGACGUCAACCCCUGGGCCCGUGAAACAUUCUGCAGAAGAUGGACAACUGGCUAAGACAAGGCAAAAGACUCCACCUUACGGUCUGGCCAGACGAUCUUCCUUUUCAGGACGACUGAAGCCUAUUGGGCUUGAAACCCCAGUUGCUGCGAAUCAUGACAUGAAACCAGGCCCAAGUGAGGCUACACCAGAGCCUGAGAUGACUCAUAAUCUGACACCCAAUAGUCUGGAUCAUGGCACUCAGAUUGUAAUGAUGCCUGAAAAGACUCUAGUGGGAGCAUCAAAAGAGAAACAAACUUACAGCAGCAACUCAAUCUCAUCAUUAAAGUUGACUCUAGGUUUUGAGCAAUGCAUUGGGCUUGAAACCCCAGUUGCUGUGAGCAAUGACAUGAAACCAGGCCGAAUUAAGGCUAGACAAGAUCCUAAAACGACUUGUAAACUGGCACCCAAUGGUCUCAAUCAUGCCCCACAAAUUGUACUAGCGCCUGAAUCUCCAGUGGGACCAUCCGAAGGAACACAAACUGACAGUAGCAACUCACUCUCAUCAUCAAAGUCAACUCAAUUUUUUGAGCAGAGCAAUGAGGAAAUCACUGCCCCAUGGACUAACUUGACAGAAGAAAGCAACUCUUGUUCAUCUAGCCUGAUACUUCACCAUUAUGAGGGACCCCCCCAAACUGAAAGUUUGGAGAUUCAUAAGAAGGAAUGCAGCAAUUCAUUUUUAUCAUUGAAGUCGGACCAAUGUUUCAAGCUUUGUGACAUGGUAGCUGUAGCUUCUUUGACAGAUUUGAAGGAACACAAAAACUCGUGCUUGUCAAACUUGUCACUCCAUGAUAAGAAUCUUCCUUCAAUUGAAAUUUCAGAGGCUCAUCUAAAUGAACACAGCAAUCCAUUGUCAUCGUCAAAGUCAACUAAUGGUUUUGAGCAUUGUGACAAGGUAGCACCUGCCUCUUCUACAUUUAUAAAGGAACAAAACAACUGUUAUUCAUCAAAUCUGCUACUUCAUCCUGAUAAGAGUCUCUUUCAAACUGAAAGUUCGGAGACUCAUCCAAAGGAACACAGCAAUUCAUCGUCUUCACCAAGGUCAAUGCAAGGUUUUGAGCAUUAUGAGAAGGUAGCAGCUGUCCAUUUGUCAGAUUUCAAGGAACAAAAUGAGUCUCGUCUGUCAAAUGUGAAAGUUCAUCAUGAUGAGAGACUACCUCAAGCUGAGAGUUCCAAAGAUCAUCCAUCUAGUCGUUUGGUUCCUUCAUAUCUGAACUCUACCAGGAUGGAAAAUCUGUCAGUAGAAAACAAUGGAGAUGAUUGUGUAUCCAUAUCAGGCACAACGGCAUUUGGGACAAAACUAGAUCAUGAGGAAACUGCUGCCAGCAACGAUGAAUUGAGUUCAAGCACAGAUAUUGAGUCCUCUUUCCCAAGCUCUCACCAGGAUUAUGUCUGCAAAGAUGAGGUCUCUAUAACCAGGCCUAAUAGUAGAUCAGGUAUCGAUGAAUUGAGUUCAAGCACAGACGUUGAGCCCUCUUUCCCAAGCUCUCACCAGGAAUAUGUCUGCAAAGAUGAGGUCUCUUUAACCAGGCCUAGUGGUAGAUCAGGUAUGAUUCCCCAGUCAAACCAUCCUCCACUUUGUGGCAGUGACAAAUUUACUGUGAGGGAACUCCUGUCAUCUAUGACGGAAAUCACACCCUCCAUUUUAGCAACCCAAGAGAACUUUCAUCCAGAGGUGUCUGUCAUGGCAAGUUCAGUGACUGAGAAGCCAACUGCUGCUCAUCUUAUGCCGGCCUUUGAUGAUGUCAUACACGUAAUACGGCAUAGCAGCUUCCGUGUUGGGAACGAGCAGCCUGUGAUGGAAACAAUGGAGAUGGGGGUUCACAAUAUGGAUGUUGGGAAGCUACUAAACGUGGUAAGGGAAGAGGUGGAGAUGAGGAACAAAAUACCUCUGACAACUUUUAAGUCAUCAAAUUGCUUGGAGGCAACAACUGUGAAAUCGAAUUUUUCAGAUAGCUCUGGGGUCAAGGAAAUCAAUGUGAGGAACCAAACUGAGGAAAUUGAAGAAAGGAACCUACCUGCACCACCAGCAUCAAGUCCAAAACUUGAUUGCUCUGACCAAACAAAUGCGAACUCAUCUGAGGCCACUGUUACUGGGGUCAAGGAAGAUGGGAACGCUGUAAAGGAAACUUUGGAUGUGAAAUCUUAUAGGCAGAGGGCAGAUGCACUUGAAGGGCUGCUAGAGCUGUCUGCAGAUUUGCUGCAGCACAAUAGAUUGGAAGAGCUUGCAGUUGUUUUGAAGCCUUUUGGGAAGGAUAAAGUCUCACCACGUGAGACAGCAAUCUGGUUGGCAAAGAGCCUCAAAGGAAUGAUGAUUGAGGACUCUGGACGGGGUGUGUGAGCAUAGAGAGAUCUUGACUGUAAGUUACCUUAAUAUCACAAGCAUCUGUCUGUUCCUGUUAUGUGGUAGCUUUUGCCAUUUCUUUUCAACUAUUCAAGUUCCAUUUUGAAUUGUCAGCAGAAGUGCAGAACUGAAUGAACUCUUUUUGCGUGUAAAUUUUUUUUUCUAUUCUUUUUAAUUGGGAGAGAAAUUUUCUAUUGUAUAUAUUCAGGAUACCUAUAGUUGAAUAAAUCAAAUGUUUCAUCCAAA